CACACGAGGUGGAGAUUGAGCAGGGUGAACCAGGACUACUCUGUGUGUCCCUCCUACCCUCCAGCAGUCAUCGUUCCGACGAUCAUCGAAGACGAGACGCUGAGGAAGGCGGCCAAAUUCAGACAGGGCGGGCGCUUCCCCRUCCUGUGCUACUACCACAGAAAGAACGGCAUGGUGAUCAUGCGCAGCGGUCAGCCGCUGGUCGGCGCCAACAGGAAGCGCUGCACGGAAGACGAGCUCCUCCUGCAGGCUGUGAUUUUCAGGUCAGACAAAGGCUACGUUAUCGACACCCGCUCCAGUCAGCAGGUCCAACAGGCCCGGAUGGCAGGGGGAGGGUUCGAGUCCAAAUCAUGCUACAACCACUGGAAGAGGCUUCACAAACAGAUGGAAAGAGGUAAAGCCCUGCAGGAGAGUCUGAUUAAACUGGUGGAGGCCUGUGGUGACGGCUCUCACAACAUGGACCGCUGGCUCAGUAAGCUUGAGAAUUCAAAAUGGCUGUCUCAUGUCCAGACUGCUCUGUCAACUGCUGGUCUGCUGGCAGAGUGUGUGGAGAGGGACGGCCAUUCAGUUUUGGUUCACGGCUAUGAAGGGACAGACUGUACUUUGCUCAUCAGCACUCUGGCUCAGCUCAUCAUGGACCCCAUGUCCCGCACGCUGGAGGGCUUCCUGGCUCUGCUGGAGAGGGAGUGGAUACAGGCAGGACACCCGUUCCAGCAGCGAUGUGCCCGCUCGGCCUACUCCCACGCUCGUCUCCAGCAGGAGUCUCCGGUCUUCCUGCUCCUGCUGGACUGCGUUUGGCAGCUGUGGCGUCAGUUCCCUCUGGCUCUGGGUUUCUCUGAGGCGCUGCUCCUUCGACUGGCCACGGAAGUUUACGCUUCGGACUACGGCACCUUCCUGUGCAACAGUGACCAGGAAAGGUGUGCUCAGGGAGUUAAAGAGACCACUCACUGCUUGUUCCAAGCCCUGCUGAGACCGGGUGAAAGGGAAUACUAUUUAAACCCGUUGUAUGAGCCCAAUGAGCUCGCAAUUUGGCCUUCAGUCCAUCCUCAGUCCCUGCAGCUCUGGAAAGGGUUUUUCCUGAGGUGGACCCAGCAGGCUCGUCACCUGGAGGAAGUUCAGGAGGAAAUAAGGAACAUGGUGGUUGAGUGGGUUAGGGUGACGCAAUCCGAUGCUACUACAGUUCAGUAGAAGCUCAGCUAACAUUUAAAGGAAUACUGUUGAUGUGUUGCAUGUAUUUUAAUGUACAGUCAUUUUUUUUACAUUUUUAUAAAAUAUAUACUAUUGAAAGAAAA